AAACACAACUAUACAUCUAAUUUCUAAACCAUCAGACAGCAGUAAAAGGAAGAAGGAAGGACAUGUUUAUGCUCUCAGUAAGCAGUAGAGGGUUUAAUACUACUACUACUUGCAACAAGUUCUUCCCUUUCUUCACUUCACUCUCUCUCUCCUCCUCAACUUUAUCUCUCAUGGCAUUCAACACAAACUCUCCUUCACCUUCUCCUUCUAGGGUUUCCCCCUUCUCAAGUGGGUCCCCCAUUAACGCGCCUCUAAAGCGUGUGGGUACCCACAAUGGUAGUUUCCAUUGCGAUGAAGCUCUUGGUUGCUUCAUGAUUCGCCUUUCCAACAAAUUCUAUGGUGCUGAGAUUGUUCGAACCCGCGACCCCCAGGUUUUGGAGACAUUAGAUGCAGUGUUAGAUGUUGGGGGAGUGUAUGAUCCAAGCAGGGAUAGAUAUGAUCAUCAUCAAAAGGGUUUUGCUGAGGUUUUUGGCCAUGGCUUUACUACUAAGCUUAGUAGUGCUGGUCUUGUUUAUAAGCAUUUUGGGAUGGAGAUAAUUGCGAAGGAGUUGGUGCGUGAUGAAGGGCACCCGGAUGUAUUUCGGUUGUUUAUUGCUGUUUAUAGGAACUUUAUGGAGGCCAUUGAUGCAAUUGAUAAUGGAAUUAAUCAGUAUGACACUGAUUUGCCGCCAAGAUAUGUCAACAACACCGGGUUGUCUUCAAGAGUUGGAAAACUGAAUUUGGAUUGGACAGAACCUGAUCAAUCAGCUGAAAAGGAGAAUGAAGCCUUUGAGAGAGCAAUGAAUCUAGCUGGUGGCGAGUUUUUGGAUAACCUCCGUCAUCUUGCAAAAUCAUGGCUUCCAGCUCGAUCAAUUGUUGUGGAGUGUCUUUCUGCAAGAAAAGAAGUUGACCCUAGCGGAGAGAUCAUGGUCUUGGAUAGAUUUUGUCCUUGGAAGCUUCAUCUUUUUGAGCUUGAGCAGGAGAUGAAGAUUGAUCCUCCUGUCAAAUAUGUCCUUUAUCAGGAUGACAGGAGCAAACAUUGGAGAGUACAGGCUGUGGCAGUAAGCCCUGAUAGAUUCGAGAGCAGGAAGCCUCUUCCAGAACCAUGGAGAGGUAUGAGAGAUGAUGACUUGUCCAAGGGUUCAGGCAUCCCUGGUGGUGUUUUUGUCCACAUGAGCGGAUUUAUUGGUGGAAAUGUUACUUACGAGGGUGCUCUCGCCAUGGCAAAAGCGGCUUUAAAGUUUUGAGCUUGAAGACAGUGUUUCUUGCAAAAUGAGGUAGAUGGUGAUCUGAGAGACUACUAUUUUACUAGUUUUUAUGAGAUCCUUUUUUUCAGAAGAAAAUUCCCAUUAUGAGUUGGGUUUAAUUUUAGAGUUGCACUUUUUUUAGAUCCUAACAUUGUUGUGUCAACAGGCAACUGUCUCUAGCACUCGUAUAGGGUCGUAGAUUGUCAGGGGAAUUGUUUGGAUGAAUUGCAUUUAUUGGAAGUACUACAGUUUGAGAGAAAUACGAUAUCUUACUUGAUUCCA